AUGUCUGUUCGAGAAUUGUAUACAAAGUCGAGCCAGUCAAUUGUUUUCAAGUUUGUAUAUUUUGUGGAGCAU